ACAACAAUAAUGACUAUCACAUAUUUAUUAUUUUUUUAUACGCACUCAUAUUUACUAUCGAAGUAGUAGUUGUUGAUAUUGGAGGCAAGUGACGUGCAUAAUGCCAAUACUUAAAUAAUAUAGUGAUUAAGUGAUUACUGAUUACGACGGCGACCUGCGAGUGAGUUGAGUUGUUGUUCCCAAGACCGUUUUUGUUCGUCCUCUCUCCUCUCUCCACCGCCGCCGAAAAGUAGAUACAGGUAGGCACUGACGUCGUGGCCCACCCGUUGCACUGAUAAUAAAUGGUCUGAUCGACCGCCUUCGAAUCCGAUAGCCCAGAAAGGUCCGCAAGAGGAUUUUUCAACGGAUCCGGCCGAACAUCGUCGUCAACGUUGGUGUCGCGCGUCUGGUUUUUAACUGGUAGUAAUAUAACAUUAAUCAUUAUUACUAUUGUUGCAACACUAACGCAACUGAACACGACGCCCUCGCCGCCAUCGACACCGGAACAACACAUUCGCGAGUGUCACGUACGGUCAACAAUUAUAAUUCAUCAACUGCGAUGAUGAUGUGUUGUCGAUAACCACCACGUAUAGUCGUUGGCAGCGAAUGAAUAAUUUUUGUUUGUUUGUUUCCUAUCUCGAAUAGUCGAUCACUGCAAGUACAAUCGCGUUAUCACUACAUUCGCUUCAAAGGAAAUAUGUGGAAAGUACGAGAACUCGCCGAUAAAGUGACCAACGUAGUCCUCAACUACACAGAAAUUGAAGCUAAAGUCAGAGAAGCCACCAACGAUGAAGCUUGGGGUCCAACAGGUAAUCUAAUGCAAGAAGUAGCACAAGCAACAUUUAUGUUUGAGCAUUUCCCUGAAGUCAUGGGAAUGUUAUGGAAACGAAUGUUGCAUGAGAACAAGAAAAAUUGGCGAAGGACUUAUAAAAGUCUAUUAUUAUUAAAUUAUUUAGUUAAAAACGGAUCUGAAAGAGUGGUUACAUCAGCACGUGAACAUAUUUAUGAUUUAAGAGGAUUAGAAAACUAUUCUUUUGUUGAUGAAUUUGGUAAAGACCAGGGAAUCAAUAUAAGGCACAAAGUAAGGGAGCUGAUUGAUUUUGUACAAGAUGAUGAUAAGUUGCGAGAAGAAAGAAAAAAAGCUAAAAAAAACAAAGACAAAUAUAUUGGACUGUCCAGUGAAGCCAUGGGUUACAAAGGAUCAGGAGUUGAGAAGUGGGAUGAAGCACCAAGGUGGAAAAAGGACAGUAAUAAUGAAUUUAGUGACAAAAAAAGUAGUAGUACACUAGGUUUUGAAGAAUCACCUAAUAACAGUGAUGAAAAUGAUAUAGUCGAUUCAGAACCAGAAUUUGAUUUGCCUCAUAAACCUCCUGCUGAAGCAUAUAAAGAUCGUAGUAUGUCACCUACCAAAAUUCAAAGUCCUGCUAAACAUAGAACACCUAUUAAACGCAUUGAUUUGGGUGCAGCUGCACAUUAUGGAAAGACACAAAGUGUGAUCAACUCUCCAGUAUCUACUAAUAAUCCUUUGGAUACAGGGACCAGCUCUAUUGAUUUGUUAAAUAUUGUGGGCAACAGCAAUAAUCAAUCAAAUGAUUUUGGAGAUUUUAAUGCAGUUUUCAGUGCUCCUUCUAAUACUGACAGCGUCAUUGAAAAUAAUAGUACCAAUAGCGACGAAUUUGCUGAUUUUAGUUCAGCAUUUACCCAAUCUGUGUCUUUAAACAGCAAUUCAACUAAUUUAUCUAACCAAAGAAUUAUUUCCAAUUCUGAUCUCUUAACAUCGUUACCACAGUCAUCUACCAAUGGAACAAGCCGUAACUUGUUAGAUUUGAACUUUGACGCUUUAGAUAACACAGCAACUGGAAUGAUGUUGAAGACACUUCUAGAAUCCAUUCACCAACGUUCAGAUUCCAAUAUUAAAAGAUUUUUUCAAGAAUUUAUUGAAUAUUUGCCAGGUCCAAUGACUCCACAAAAAUUUACAAAACAUGAUUGUUACCCAAACUAUUCUCAAGUUAUCAAAGUAUACAGCCAAGUACUUGAAAUAAUUUUAGAACAAACAAAUUUUGUUGAUUAUAUCGAUUUGAUUUCACCAAUAUUUGCCCCAGACGGCGGUACUUUAGAAAUGCUAGACAUAUCACUACAUGUUUUAUUAAACUAUGUCACUUUAAAUGCAUUAUCUCUUAAAACUGAUUAUGCCAUUGAAUUAAUCAGCUUAAUAUUAAAAAGUGAUUUGAUAAAAUCAUCAUUGAUUACUGAAACUUUAAAUUCUAAUCAUAAUCGUUUUGUGGUUGUCAUUGAAUUUUUAUUGUCAUUACCACAUAGACUAGCUAACAAAGUUGGGAAGAAUAUACCUAAAUUGUUUAUGCCUGUAGAGUUUUCUAACAGAAUAAUGAAUCAUAUAUUGUUUGUCAUCGACCAAUUGAGCCAAUUUUAUACUUUGGAAAACAUGAAACCUAAUACAAAGCCACUUUCAAUAAUUUUAGGCAAAACUAUUGCUUCUUAUCUUCAAAAUGAUUUUUCUACUUCUUUGAAAAUUUUAGAAUGUUGGUGUUUAAAUGAUAACUAUGCAGUUGUUGUAAAAAGUAUUCUCUCAGAACUUGACCGACGAGCUAUUGAUAGACUUGGUUAUUUGUUUUGUCGUAAAUUAUCAACAUCUAAUUCACUAUAUAAUCUUAUUGGAAAUGCAGUAAGUGAUAUGCCCAACUGGAAUUACACUUUUUGCAAAAAAAUGAUAUUUCUUAAUUAUUAUGAAGAUGAAAAUAUAGCAUUAAAUCUAAUGAAUUACUUAUACUUAGUUCAAAAACAUUCUAAUUCUAAUAUAUUAAGUACCAUAAUCUUAGAACUUAUUCAAAUUUGGGGAAAUAAAAGUGCUUUGAUUCACACACCUUUUGAACAACAUUACUACUUAUCAAAACUUAUUGUUAUUGGAUUAGUAUGUCUAUCAAAUUUAACAUUGGAUGACCAAUUUAAAAAAGAUGUUGAGAUUAAACUCUUUGAAGGUGUUCCCAUUCAUCUGGAGAGUUCAGAAGAAAAAGUUCGAACCAUAGGAAUGAUAGUCGCAGAGAUUAUAAUUGGUAUUGUGAAGAGUAAMGAAAAAGAAGGUGCUCCCACUUUAAACUUUGAGUACAACAAAUUACUAGAUGAAUCCAAAUUGAUAGUAAAAUCAUUGAAUGAAUUAAAAAAUUUCAAAAACCGCGAUGAAUUAGUAUUUAACGAUGCUUUUAAAAUGUUGAAUAACUUUUUUGAAGAUUCAGAUAUUAUCAAAACCGGAUGUACGAAUACAUUAACUAGAGUUCAUGAAAAAGUAGUGAAUAAUACAGAAAUUACAGUUGAAAAUAUUUUAGACAGCGAUGAUGAUGAAUUUGAGCCUUACGAUUUAUCUAAUGAUGUUGAAAUGGAUGUAAAAAAUAGACCCAAAUACAUACGUGAUCUUAUUGACGGUUUCAAUGAACAAAAAGAUUGUAAGGUGUGGCUUGGCUGUUUAGAAGCAUCUGAAAGUCUAAUUAAAUCACAGUUACCCAAUGAUGAUGUUUCAUUUGCCAUUGAGCUGUUGACAUUAUUAAUCAGUAUGGAACAACAAUUUUACAUGGAGAAUUUUGAAAGCGUUAGAUAUCAAUCUGCUGUUGCUGUAGUUUCUGUUUUUCCGUAUGAGUGUGCUAAACACCUAUGUCAUCUUUUUUAUGAAUCCAUUGGCAAAUAUGCAGUUUCUCAUCGUAUUUUAAUACUAAAUAUUUUAACUGGUUCUGCUAAAGAAUUAUCAGGCUUUCAAAAUGUUGAAGAGAAACAAGAAGAACCAAUUGCAAUAGUGAAUACUUCAAAGUAUUGGGAAGAUAUUAUCAAAAAAAGAGUUCAGCUAAAGACCAGAAUAAUUUCCAAUCCUAGAAAACCCGUUAAAUCUCAAAUUAAUCGUUUUGUAUCUGUAGCUGAUGCAUUUUUUUUCCCUCUCAUUCGCGGAAAUUUAAUUGAACCAAUUGUUUCACAAAUUGACAAUACUAAGCAGUUAGACAUUCUUGGAGUUCAUCUAUUAAAUUCAUUAUCAGUUAUAUUAUGCUGUGCAAUUAAUUCCAUGCAUGCAACCCGUAUGGGUGCAGAGCUUUUAGAAUGGACAUGGUCAUUAAGAUUUCAUAAAGAUGUGAAAAUAAGAAUUGCCGUUAUGGGCUGCCUAGCAGCCGUUUUGUUGUCUGUGCCUAAAUCUAGAUUAGUUGACUUGGGUAGCUCAUUAGUUGAGUUUGUGAUGUGGUUGGAAAAUGUUGUUACAUCUGAAGGGGUAAUAAAUAAAAUCGAUAACGAAGUAAAUCAAGAAGCAAGAAAAUUCGCCCUUCAAGUUCUGUUACUUUAUAGAAAUGCUGUUGGUGAUCAAAAUAUGUUUCCAUAACAAUUAUAAUAUUUCAAUYCCAUAAAUAUAUAAUGUGCA